AUGGUGCAAAUCAAAAAAAACAUUCUAAUAUACACUUUGCUCUCCUGCUUAGUGUAUGGAAUCAAAGGACUUGAACAUCAAUGUGAUUUUAAUGAAAAUUAUAAAGCAAAAUCAGACUCUGAAAAUCAUGAUAUAAUUAGUCAAUGUCUAUUAACACCAAGAUUGUUUGAUAUAAUUAGUAUAGUAUGUGGGUCAAAAACUAUAAAUUAUAAACUCUACCCAGAAAAUUGUUUUGAAGAAGUAUACGAUGGCGCAAAUACAACUUCCGCCAAAAAAAUAACUGACGUAUUACCCGGUGCUGUAAAUAUAACUUUUACAGUUGAUCCAAAAACUGGCAAUAAUAUCGUGUCAAUGAGAGUACCACCAAAUACUGAUUCAAAUAAAGUAAUAUAUUGCUACUGUGAUUAUCGAGAUAAUGCCACAAAUAAUAAAUCAAUUAGUCCCAGUGAGACAAAAAAUUUAGGUCUCGUUAAAAUCGUAGUGCCAGUAGUGCCACACAUUAAUGGAUGUGACUUUAAAAAAGAGGACUCUGACAUAUUUACAAAAGGUGUUGAUAUUAGCAGUUUAAGUUAUAAUGAAGUAAAUGAUAUUGUUUGUAAGAUUGAUGCAAAACCACAUGAAAUAGUUGGUUUUAGAUGCCCAGAUGAUUAUGAGGUUUCACCUCCUGAUUGUUUUGUUAAUGCUUAUAAUCUUGAAGGAAAAAUGGAAUAUAUAAAAAAAAGAAUACAAUUAAGUUCAUUAAUAAUGGACAAUCAUAAAAAAACAUUUUACUCUAAAGUACCAACUCAUGGUUAUGGAAAACCUAGCUUUUUCUGUAUGUGUGUAAAAGAUAAUAAAAAACUAAUAGUACAUUUUAAUUUUGCUUUAUCUACCCCACCAAGCUACUGGAGUAGUUAUACUAAUAAGUUCUUUAUGAAGAGCAAUUCAGGUUAUUACGGAAAAACUGCAUCUAUUCUUAUUGUAGUAUUUUUUAUUGUUUCAUAUUUUAUGUUAUAA